AUGAACAGCAGCGGUUCAGCGGCGACGAACCGGGUGCAAUUGGAACGAUUGACUAUCCCGAAGUUUGAUGGGAAAUACAGUCAGUGGCGCAUGUUCAAUGACAUGUUCAAUUCGUUAAUUCACUGCAACGAGACGCUGUCUGCGGUUGAAAAGAUGCAGUACUUGAAAACUCAUGUUCAAGGUGAUGCUGCAAGAGUCAUUCAAGAUCUCGAUGUGAACAACGAAAAUUACGAGGCAGCAAGGCACAUGCUGCGAGAACGGUAUGACAACAAGCGAGCCAUGGCAUGGAAUUACUUGCACAAGUUCCACAACUUGCCAAUGGCAAAGGAAGAUUCUGAUUCCUCUAUCAAACGAGUAAUGGACGCCACCGCAGAGUUCAUCGCUAAUAUAAAUAACAUCGGCGUCAACACUGAGCAUUGGGACUUAUUGGUCAUUUUCGAAACAACUCAGAAAUUGGACCAACAAUCUCGACGAUUAUGGGAGGCAUCACUGGGUGCUAAUGCAGAGUUACUCACCUUGAAAUCGUUUUUGGAGUUCCUGACGAGUCGGUUCAGGGCACUCGAGGCGUUGAACAUUCCUCGGAAAACUUCUAAGGUUGACUCACUGACGACUACAACGACAAAGGCAUGCAGCAUUUGCACCAAGGACCACUACGUGAAUCAGUGCGACAAGUUCAGAGAGAUGGACGAGCAACAACGGAAAAAUGACGCAAGAAAGCAAAACUUGUGCUUUAACUGCUUGAGGAAGGGACAUGGCGUCAACCAAUGCCCCUCGAGUGGCAGGUGCCGGACAUGUUCGAAGAAGCACCAUUCGUUACUAUAUAACAGUCAAAUCACAAGCAUUUCAAAAAAAUUGACAGUCGAUGCUAAACCGUUCAUCCCGACUACCCAAGCGUUGUUGGCUGGGGAUGGAACGCUGGAUCAAACAGUACUACUCGGAACCGCUCGAGUUGAUGUACAGAGUGUUUCGGGCGAAUUUGUGACUUUGAGAGCUUUAAUAGAUUCUGGGUCGCAAAGGAGUUUCAUCACGGAAUCAGCGGUUCAAUUGCUUGGUCUACGAAGGCGAUUCUCAAAGAUACAUAUAUGCGGAGUCGGAGCAGGUACAAGACUGCAGAGCAGAGGCAGUGUGGAGUUAGUGAUCAAGGCAAAGUAUGGAGACUUCACAACCAAUGUGUCAACUUUAGUACUACCGACCAUAACGAACUUGCAUUCGUCAACCGAAACCCCAGUCAAGCUACCAGCGGGACUAUCAGUCAAAAAAUUAGCUGAUCCCCAAUGCGGAACUCCAGGGCGAAUCGACAUUCUGCUUGGAGCAGACACCUACAACGAGAUCGUGUUAGCAGGGUUCAAAAGGGGAUCUCCUUGUGCAGUGAAUACCAGAUUUGGCUGGAUUUUACUCGGUCCGAUUUCUGCUCGAAACAAUCAAGAGGGAAUAUUGACAUUUAUCGCUACUGAAGACAGCACGGAUAGGCUGGUCAAGAGGUUUUGGGAACAGCCGGUAACAAGGGACGAGCAGGCAGCUAUGGAAUGGUAUCAGCAGACCACCAGGAGGGACGAAUCUGGCAGAUACAUUGUUCGGCUCCCGUUUAAGCAAAAUGCGGAUCCCGGAAAAACUGUGUGCAACUCGCAGCAAAAGGCGUAUAUUCGUUUCUCGCAAUUGGAAAAACGAUUGAACAACGACGAUGACUUAAGGAAUCAAUAUGUAGCAUUCAUGGAGGAAUACCUUGAGCUAGGCCACAUGGUGGAAGUGCCAGUCGCAGAUAAGUUUACAAAACAGACAUAUUACUUGCCUCACCAUGCCGUACGCAAGGAUGACAGUACCACCACAAAGCUUCGAGUCGUUUUCAAUGCGUCUCAAGCAACACCAACAGGCAAGUCACUCAACGAUAUCUUGCUCGUCGGUCCCAACAUUCAGAAUAGCAUCACUCAUGUAUUGAUGAGAUGGAGAACGCAUCGAUACCUGAUAGCAGCUGACAUAGAAAAGAUGUACCGACAGAUAAGUAUACAUCCUCAGGAUCAGGACUAUCAACGAAUCCUGUGGCGAAGUCAUCCAUCCGAACCGAUUAAACAUUUUAAGUUAACAACAGUUACAUAUGGCACGGCCAGCGCCCCGUACUUGGCGAUGCGCACUUUGCAUCAGCUAUCGGAUGACGAAAGGAUGCACUAUCCAAAAGCGUGUCGAGCCAUUAAAGAAGACUUUUAUGUGGACGAUGUCCUAACAGGCGGAGAUACAAUCAAGGAAACGCAAACCUUAUAG